CCAUAGCUACAACUCCUGCCAGGCAGCCCUCUCGCUUGAGACUUCAGGCCCAAGGGUCUGCCGCCAACCUUGUUUGUUUUUUAACCUUGCCAAUGCCUUUGGGAAUAGGCCCUUUAUGAAACUCUCCACAAACUACGCAUUUGGAAUGUGCCACUUGAUUCCUGCCAGAACUCAGACACAACUCAACCCUCCCACUGCCAGUGUCGAGAUUUGCGAAUGAAGAGCAAAACUCUUACUGAGCACCCACUAUAGGUGGAUUAGUGCGGUGCUUUUACACGUUAGCCCGUGUAAUCAUCACAAUAAACCUUUUACAGAUAAGGAGACUGGAUUCAGGGGCUUCAUUACAUAUCUUGCUAAAGAUCACCAGGCUCUUAAGGAGCAGGAUCAGACCGGAACCCAGGUAGAUCUCAUCCCAGAAACAUCUACCUGCUCUGGAAGCCACCCUAGGUACUCUUAACUCUAGAAAAAGACUUGGCAAAGGACUGAGAGGCAAUGGAAGGAUUAGGACUGUUUCUCCACUGAUCAUCUGAAUUAUAAUCGCCUGGGAUGCUUUAUAAAACUCCAGGUUCUCCGAACUACUAGUAUCUGUCCCAAUCUCAGCGGUCUUGGUACGUCUAUUUCCACACUCACUGCGCUGGAUUGCAUAAUAAUGAACUCUUAUUUCGGCAGAUACUUCCUUCCAAUUAGACACUAGUGGAUUUUCACAAACUCUAGCUGACUUCAUACAGCGGCUUAGCGUGUCCAAGCGUCCAAUCUGAAUAUCGCAAAGUGUCCAAUUGCAAUUGCUUCCCCGGGAGGUGGAGGGACUCCCGGCCGGACACGUGCCUCUGGGGAGAUGGCCUCGCUGUUCCGCAAUAAUCAGGAUGGCGGCUACGGUGACGCUGGAGCCCGCGGGCCGCUGCGCGUGGGACGAGCCCGUGCGCAUCACCGUGCGUGGCCUCUCCCCGGGACAGCCCGUCACGCUGCGCACGUCCCUGCGCGACGAGAAGGGCGCGCUCUUCCGGGCCCGCGCGCUGUACCAAGCGGACGCCGGCGGCCUCCUGGACCUGGCGCGCGCGCCCGCGCUGGGCGGCAGCUUCACGGGGCUCGAGCCCAUGGGGCUGCUCUGGGCCCUGGAGCCCGAGAAGCCCUUGGUGCGGCUGGUGAAGUGGGACGUGCAGACGCCCUUCGCGGUGGAGCUGGAGGUGCUCGAGGGCCACGAGCCCGACGCCGGGCGGCUCCUGGGCCGGGCGGUGCUGGAGCGCGACUUCCUGCGGCCGGGGAUGCGGCGGGUGCCGGUGCGCGCGGGCCGGGUGCGCGGCACGCUCUUCCUGCCGCCUGGUGCAGGACCCUUCCCCGGGAUCAUCGAUCUGUUUGGGAGUGGUGGUGGCCUUUGUGAAUACAGGGCCAGCCUCCUGGCUGGACAUGGUUUUGCUGUGCUUGCUUUGGCUUAUUUCAAAUUUGAAGACCUCCCUGAAUAUUUGGAUGCUGUGCACCUGGAGUACUUUGAAGAAGCCGUAGACUUCAUGCUGCAGCAUCCAAAGGUGAAAGGCCCUGGUGUUGGGCUUCUUGGCUUCUCCAAAGGAGGUGACCUGUGUCUCUCAAUGGCCUCUUUCUUGAAGGGCAUCACAGCCACUGUACUUAUUAAUUCCUGUGUGGCCAGCGCAAUAUCUCCACUGCGUUACAAGGAUAUGUUUAUUCCCAGGCUUGGCAGUGACCCAGGGAAAAUUGUAGCUACUGAGUCAGGGGUUUUAAUUAUUUUGGAUGUUUGGGAUAAUCCACUGGACGAACUCAACUAUCAAAGUAUUAUUCCAUUGGAAAGAGCCCAGGGGCCUUUUCUGUUUCUUGUUGGCUUGGAUGAUCAUAGCUGGAAGAGUGAAUUCUAUGCUCGUAUAGCCUCUGAACGGUUACAAGCCCAUGGGAAAGACAGACCCCAGAUAAUCUACUACCCAGGAACUGGUCACUGUAUUGAACCACCUUAUUUUCCUGUUUGUAGAGCUUCUGUGCAUACAGUGUUAGGCCAAGCAAUACUCCAUGGAGGUGAGCCAAAGGCACAGUCAAGGGCACAGGUAGAUGCCUGGCAGGAAAUUCAAACUUUCUUCCAUAAACAUCUCAAUGGUAAAAAAUCUGUGCCAUCCAGCAAAAUGUGACAUUGUAAUCAUAGACCAGAUACUAUGAAUAAAAAUCUAAUUCAUACAACAUGUAUUGGGUUUUCCAGAGCACACAGGA